AUGCUGGGUAUAUGCGCAUCAGGCGGCUACGCCUCUUAUGCUGCGCAAUCUGAUACUCGCAUCAAAGCCCUUGGCACCGUCAGUGCUGCGUAUUACGGCACUAAGCGUGGCAACCACCCGAGAUCAGACCAACGUGUCCCCUUGUCAAGCUACGACCUAAUGAUUGGUUACGACUCCUUCAGCUUCCAGCAUCUGAUCUCCCCUCGACCGCUGCUUAUGAUCGCUGGUUCGGAUGCGGAGACGCUACAUUACAGCAAGUCUGCCGUGGAGGGUGCGAAGGAGCCGAAGGGGCUGUUUGUCGUUGAUGGAAAGAAUCAUUUUGAACUUUACGACGAUUUGGACAAGUCAGCGCCAAAGUUGGUCGAGUUUUACACGGCGGCGCUCACAAAGUGA